AAUAUUUGUAGCGCGUUUUUAGAUCUUUUGUCCCUCAGCGGACACCGUCGACUUGUUCCAAACAUUGCUGUCCCACCUGGAUUGUUUAUGAUGUGUACAUGAUGCGUUCAAGUGAGGUUUGUUCAUGUGUUAAACGUAUGAGAUGUCCGUGCUGCGCAGAGCUAAAACAUGGGAAAUAUCUGAGUCUGAAGGAAGCGACGCUGAGACAAUAAACCGCGAUGCCCGCAGUCAGACAGUGACAGUCAGCGCAGCUUUAACAGAGGACCAGAGCUCAGACCAAACCUGUGAAACUCUUCCAUCGUCAGCGACAAACAGCGAGUCCAGUCAGACUCCUGCUGCUCUGUCUCCCCCGCGACCAGACGGACGCGGCACGCCGAGUCCCGCAAGGAAACGCCGCACCAAGGAGGAGAUAGAGGCGGACAGACAGGCAGCCAGGGAGAGGAGGGAGGCGAGAGAGAGACAGAGAGCUGCAAGAGCCCGGGAGAAGGAGGAGAGGAGACAGGAGCAGCAGAAGAGGAGAGAGGCUGCGGAGAACCUGAGGAGUCUCCGGCCGGAGAGCUGCCUCAAGCGGCUGACUGUCUGCGUGGACCCAGCUCUUCUCCAACAGGAUGGCUCAGACAUCUUGCUGGGCACCCUGGCUGCCUUCGAGUGGAGGUUUAGCAUCGAGAGCCAGCAGCUCCCACGCAGCAUCACCUGGACCAGAGAUUUACUUCAGCAGGGAGAAGAUGGCAAGAGCUCGGUGGAGGAGGAACAAGUGCUUCUGGUGCUGGAUCUGACUGACUUCAUGGACAUCGUGGUCUCUGUAAAGAAAAUGCUAGACAGUGAAGGCGAGGAGGCGGGGUUGGGUUCUUACCUCUGUGCUCUCUUGGAGUGUCUCAACCGGGAUGCAAAGAAGGUGGUCACACUCUUAGUGACAGACUCUGAGCCAGACUACAGGACCAAUGCUGGUAGUGUAUAUUUACUAGAUGAGACGCUACAAUCCAAACUGGGGAUGGAGGCUCUGGACAUCGAGGAGGUUCUCGUGUACCUACAGCUCUACAAGAACAUCUCACUGGUCUUCCUGGAUGGCUGGCAGGAGGUUACUAACCACGUCUGUGCUGUCACUAAGGCCUUAUCAAAGCGCCCUUUCAAACUGCUGACGGAGCGAGCAGAGCUGCCCUUCUGUGUUGAUGGUUCAUGGGCCAGCGGGUCUCGGGUGGAGAGGGACGGCUCGGGGCUGUUUCAGGUCUGGAACAAGCAGAUCCAACAGCUGAACAGAGUGAGCCCCGCUGUGGCCACUGCUGUGACUGUAGCCUACCCAUCUCCUCAGCUGCUGCUGCAGGCAUAUCAGAGCUUGGGGUCGGAGGAGGAGAGAAAGGGGCUGCUGGCUGGUCUCUUAGUGAAAAGCGGUGGUAAGGAGAGGCGAAUAGGACCGGAGAUAUCGGCCAGAGUUUACCGUUGUCUCACAGCCCAAAACCCCCAGCUGGUCCUGGAUUAAUUUAUCCACUUGAGAAUGAGGUGGAUGGAUGUCAGCAAGGAUUAAUCUGGCUUCUAAUGACACCUCAUCACUGCUUGGCUGCUAAUGUUAAUGUUUACAAGCUAAAAAUAUGCCUUAGAUAUCAUGUUCACCUUCUGGUAAAACACUAUUUAUUCUCCUCUAGGCUUCAACGAAUAGUACUUAGUAGACUAAGAAAUGAUAUGAUGUGUAUUAAAUGUUUGUAUAUUUUGAAACAACAUUCUGUUUGUGUGUGUAUAUGCAAGACUGUGAGCGGGAUCUAUGAACUACAUGAAGUGUUAUGUUUAUGUAUGAAAUGAGUCUAUAAAAAUGAGCUGCAUCACAA